GCAACUAGCAACUUUGAUCUGUCAUUAGACGAUGGAAUGUCAAGUUAACAACGUAAACAGAAUUUUUAUAAAAAAUAAUUAAUUUAAAAAUGAGCAGCCGUAACCCAAAUACUCUGAUGAGCAUUCCCGACGAACAAUUUGACUAUCUAUUCAAAAUAGUUCUAAUCGGUGAUUGCGGCACUGGUAAGACAUGCAUUGUUCAACGUUUGAAAUCCGGGAAUUUCAUAGAAAGGCACGGAAAUACUAUAGGCGUAGAUUUUUCAAUGAAAACAUUGAUAGUGGAUGGGAAGAAAGUCAAGCUUCAGAUUUGGGACACAGCAGGCCAGGAGCGGUUCAGAACAAUUACCCAGAGCUAUUAUCGUUCUGCUAAUGGAGUGAUCAUUGUGUAUGACAUAACCAAAAGAUCUACAUUUUUGUCAUUACAAAAAUGGAUUGAAGAAGUGAGAAGGUACACAUCAUCAAAUGUCAUUGUGUCCCUCAUCGGUAAUAAAUGUGACUUGACUGAUCAAAGAGAGGUGGAACCCGAUGAACCAAAGUCCUUUUGCCGCUAUGUCCCAGAGAUUAUGUUUGUUAUGGAAACGUCAGCUAAGGACAACACCAAUGUUGAAGAUACAUUCCGCAGUCUGGCUACUGAAUUAAAGAGACAACACGACAGCAGCGAGGGCCCGCCGGCGGAGUGCGACUCGGUAGUGCUUGGCGACAGUCAUUCGGUAAACAGAUGUCAGCCGUGCCGCUCCUCUUAAUCCAUUGUUCAUUAUAAGUAACAUGACCAAAUGUUCACAUGAAAAUAUAUUAAUUCAAGGUUGCUAUGUUGGUCACAAACACCCACUUGCUGUAAUCAAAUUGGCGAUCCUCAUAAAAAUACUAAAAUAAAUACAAAUAAAAAUAUAAUAAAAAAGAACCAGAUAGUUGCAAAGACCUUUCAUUGACGUAAGUGUGUCCAUUUAAAGUAAAUUCCCGAUUACUAUUUUGCAUGUUGCAAAAGGAUUGUGGUUUUCUGAGACAAGGAAUCUUUAUAUGCUACUAUAGAGAUUUACUUGUACCUCGGCUCGCGUAUUGAAAUACAUAAUAUUAAAGUUAUCCUUUGUUUACCUAGGACAUGGUCUAUCUAUGUGCCAAAUUUAAAUAAUGUUAUGUCACCUAAUUAUAAUACGUUAUAAAACAUUGAAAUACCUUCGCAAACUUUCAAAAAUAAUAUGAACAGGAAUGAGAAUAGUUGAAUAUGUCAAUCGCAAUAUUUAAAAAUAUGGAGACACUUAUGUUAAAGGAGGAUUAGCAAAUGUAAAGCGAAGUUUACAUUAACAGCAAAACAUGCAGAAGUUGUGUUAUGCAAGCAAUUUGCCAGAGAAUAAUCACGGCAAGCCGACAUCUACAAUUUUUUAAAUGCAGGAAUUGCGGCAUGUUAUAUUUGUGCUGCUAAAACCAUUGAAAUAUUGCCGCUAGACUGCCGAAAUUUUUGCUCAAAAUAUUGCUGCGAGUACAUGUUAGUCUAAUUUUAUUAUAUUUAUAGAUGGUUCUUGUACCCUGCUAUAUACUGAUAUGAUAUAAAUAUGACAAAUAUGUCCUAACCUUGCCAAGCCCAAGAUUAUUGCAAGUGGGCCUAAAUCAAUUUGCAAAUGUGCCUUCACUGUUAAACGGGCACUAUGAAAUUAAGUCAUGCAUAAAGAAAUCAUUCAGUGUAAUGAAGCAUAAAAUGCAAUUUAUAAAGUAUUAUUUACAUCUGCUCAAUUUAAAUUAACAGAGUUUUAAUUCCAUAUAUUAUAAUUAUGCUUCAUUUGUUUUAUAGUGAUUUAAUUUUGGAACUAAACUAUUAUUGAAAAAUUGUUUUACGUACAUUUCGUAUGCAUUUUACAAAUUUUCCUGAGAUUUCUUUUCACGAUGUUUCUCAUGAUCAUGGCUUUAAGUCUUAAUCUUAAGAACUAAUCUCAAUGUUAAUUUUAGUGGUUUAUUAUUAAAUCAGUUUCGAUAUUGUAAAUAUAUUAAUAUUAAUUUACUCGUACCACCUAUUCGAGACUGAUUUACGCCAUAUAAUUAGUAUGUGUUAUUGUACACCUUUAUCCUACAGUUAUAACUGUUAAUAUUUCAAAACUGUAAUAUCUCAAAACUGAUUCAAUGCAAACAUUUUAUGUGUGGUAAAAACUCAAUCAUUGUACAAUGUACAGGUUCUUUUACAAAAAAUUAUUUAAAAAUUCUUAAGGAUUAGCAGAAAUUAAAAUAAGAUGAAAUAUAAUAAUUAACUUGUGGUGAAAACUAUGGUAUGUCAUAAGUUUCUGGAAAAAUUAAGAAAAAAAUGAGUUGUUUGUAACAAAUUUCCCCAAUAAGACUUAGCUUAAAAUCUUUGUGUUAGGUAUUCGAAUAUGAAUUUUUUACCAAAAUAUACCAACACGAUGUGACAUUUUUCCACUGUAGACCACUUUUCUACAAUUUUCUAAAAACCCUUUCAGAAGUUGAUCAUCUAAUACAUUUACAGUAGGUACUUUGAUACCUCCCGUUUUUAGAGUAUAUUAUUUGACGGAAUUGCAACUAUGGCGUCCAAAGUGUAUAUAUACGUAUUUCUGUAGAUAAUAGUCAAAUAUACCUAUUUUUCGUUAUAUAGUAUAGAAUAUACCAGUUGCCUCAUUCAUUUUAUGGGGUUACCAGAAUUUAUGGAUAUAUACGGACAUCUUCAAAUGAUUUUCUUGAACAAUAUUGUUUCAUUAUAUACUUUUUGUUUAAAAAUUAAAACAAGAGCACAUUAUUGUUAUAUCACAUAAAAAAUAUAUUUUUUCAGUUAUAUUAUUAAUUUGUGGAGUUAUAUUCCGUGAACAAGUGGUAGACACCUACUAUGAGUAGAGGAUAGAGAAAGUACGUAAAUUAUUGCACCGAUACUGUAUAAAAUAUAAAAUAUAAUAUGUACUAUAUGUGGUAUAUUAUAUAGGAUUUAAGCUAUAGAAGGUGACUAACAAUUGUUUGCAGACUUUUGGGAAUUUUCUACAUUUCACAGAGUUUAUGGUGACCUCAGUUAGAGCAAAUAAUAUUAUGAGUGUUUAGCAUCUCAGCUAGUAUGUGGUGCUAUUUUUAUUUUCAGUAAAUGUCUUUUAAUUUGCUUUAAGUGAAAGAGUUAAAAAUAACGAUAAUAAAGACUAUGUUUAUUUCUAAUUAAUUCGAAAUCAUGUUUAGAGGCUUGUCAAACAUUAUUUCUCAUUAUUGAAUUUAUCAUUAAAUAGAUAAUGAAAAGUCAUCGAACCUCAUUCAUUUAUUUAGAUCUGUUAUUGUGAUAUUGACAUAAAAUUACGAAGAAUAGCUUUAUUUCGGCAAUUGAAACAUCAAUUUAUUUUUGUCUCAUUUAUUACGUAAGAUAUUAAUUUAUAACAAAAGUAAUGAUUCUUUACUGAAAUAAAUGUUGUUAUGAAUA